UGCGCUUCCCCCCUGUCCCCUCCACUGCCCAACUCCCCUCCCUAUAAAUACCUCAUCCAUAGCCGUGGCGGAAGACCAUAAUUCUCCACGACCGCAGCCAAACAUACACAACAUCCAACCACACGGACGAGCCACCUGCUUCCUCCCUCGGCGCGUCUUCUUGGAGCCCGACGAAAUGGCGGCAGCGGCGGUGCGGCUUUGUGCAUUGGCCAUGCUCGCGGUGCUGCAACUGCAAGGCGCGCGGUCGGCGACGUUCACCAUCGCCAACAACUGCAGGUACACGGUGUGGCCGGGUCUGCUGUCCAGCGCGGGUUCCGCGCCGCUGCCCACCACGGGGUUCGCGCUCGCGCCGGGGGAGUCACGCGCGGUGGCCGCACCGUCGGGGUGGUCGGGCCGCCUCUGGGGCCGCACGCUCUGCGCCCAAAAUGGCAGCCGGUUCGCGUGCGCCACGGGGGACUGCGGGUCCGGGGACGUGCAGUGCGCCGGCGGCGGCGCGGCGCCUCCCGCCACGCUGGCCGAGUUCACGCUCGACGGCAGCGGCGGGCUCGACUUCUUCGACGUCAGCCUCGUCGAUGGCUACAACCUGCCAAUGCUCGUCACACCCGUCGCUAGUGCCACCGGCUCUGUCGCUUCUACUGGGGGCAAGUGCGCGGCGACGGGGUGCGCGGCGGAGCUGAACGGCGCGUGCCCCGCCGACCUGCGCGUGGACGCGGCGGCGGAGGGAGUGGUGGCGUGCCGGAGCGCGUGCGACGCGUUCGGGGACGCGCAGUACUGCUGCAGCGGCGCGUACGGGAGCGCGGCAGUGUGCCGGCCGUCGGCCUACUCGGAGUUCUUCAAGAGCGCGUGCCCACGCGCCUAUAGCUACGCCUACGAUGACGCCACCUCCACCUUCACCUGCGCCGCCGGGAGCACCGACUACGCCGUAACCUUCUGCCCCGCUGCGCCAACCAGCAGCGUGAAGUCGACGGGGCAGAACCCGCAGGCCGCCGGGCUGCCGCUGAUGAACAACACCACCAUGGUCUACUUCGGCGGCACCAACGCGCAGCCCAGCAGCGCCGCUUCCCUGGCCGCGGACUCUCUUGUCUCUGUCGCGGUCGCGGCCGUCGCCCUCUCGGCUCUCCUCUGAGCGCCGCCGGCCCGUCCUCGUCACUACGGUGCACGAUCGCAGCACGUUUUGCCGCCGCGCGACAUCUGCUCAGUUGCGGUCACCGGACAGUGGGCCACACGGAGCGUUUGACAGCAGCUUGAAGAACAAGUUGAGUAAAGUUACAGAGUGCAGGCAGCCUGGACGGAAGAAGCUGGAUUAUGUUGUAAUUUUAAUCAGGAUAAGCAGCUAGCUAGUUGAUCAUCUUCUCAUUAUCUUAUUUUAUUUUUGUUUUAUAUUUAUUUUAUUUGUUGGGUGCGGAGGACGACGACGACGGAACGAAAUGAUUAUUUCGUUCUUUGUCAUGCUACAAACAGAAUUAUAUGCAACGGAGCUGAAUGGAUUUGUAUGAUUCGAAAAAAAGUAUGUACAAACGCUGCUCA